GUAUGAAAAAAAAAAUGUUUAUUAAAAUAUGUCGGGUUUGUCGCACCGUAGUAAAAUCGCGUAGUGUCCAGUAUUAAGUGUUUGUCGAAUUAUUUAAUGUUUCACUAAUAAUUGUAAUUGCUUGAUGAAUGUGUUCAAAGUACAAUGGGAAACGGUUGUUCCAGGCGGGCGAAUAUGUUCCUCCCAUAGGCGGCUAUAGAUGGGCUGAUAAUUUUGAUAAAUUGCUGUGUUCAAAUUGCGAGAAGUAUUUGUCGGUAGGACCGAUUCUAACUAGUACUGAUGGCCAGGUUAACAUAUGUGGCAGAUGUGACGAGGGGGCCUUUCAAAGCCAUGGUGAAUUCUACCGGAACGUCCUUUACGAAUCGAUAGCCAAGUUUUUAUUAUUCCCGAGCAAUUCGGGAUGCAUUUGCAAGACGCUUUGGAAUUCGGUAACGAUCCAUGAUCAGGAUUGCCCUGAAAAAAGGAUCGACUGUUUUGAUCCAGAUUGUCCGGCAUUCGUCCGAUGCGAAGAAGUGAUUGCACAUUUCCAGCAUGUGCACCGCAUCUACAAGGGCUACUCUUUCGACUUCUAUUUGGGUGUUUUAAGCUCGGGUGUCCGGCUAAUUGAAAUCGACACGUACAUAUUUGUGUUCUCCUACGUUGUGCGUUUUAGUACGCUCUGGUUCAAUAUGUUCAACGUGAACUACGUGAACAAACAAACGCUUCACUUCAGAUUGAAGACGUUGGAUUCCCCAAUGCGCCCUGAUCUAGUCAAUAAUCGAUACCGCAUAAGGCUUUGGAAUCAAUUUCUCAAUAUGCUGUAUACCGACGAAAUGUACCAUCUGAGUAUUCCACUCACCUCGGCGUCUAGACCGCCCGACAGCUUUUAUGUAGUUGAACUGAUUAUAGAAAACAUCGGGAUUGAAGAUGCGGCUGUAUGCCUCGAAUGCGACCGAAUGAUGGUCGAAGAAAACUGCUGCAUGUGCCACCGAGGGCACACAUACUGUUUGGAUUGCUAUCAAGAAGCUGAGUUUUGUCCAGACUGCACCAAUCUGAAGAUGAAAAGCCUACGUAGCAACUGGAUACUGGACGUUGAAGAUGACGAUGCAGCCUGGGAUUAUUAAUCGGGAACUUUGCUAGAAGACAGCCUUUUAGGGUGCUUGUUUUAUCCAAGUGAUUUUUUAAACGUUUGUAUUAUUUUUAUUGAACAUUUUAAAAUCGGUGAGCCUCAGCAUUGUCAAAUGCCUUAGAAAUAACACUACCAAUGGUCAAUAGUGCAGCAUUAUUUUUAGCGUCAACAACGUCUUUUUUUUACAAAUAUGUGCUCGAGGAAUUCUGCCAGUCUAUGCCAUUAAAGGAGCUUUAGUUUACGUUGUUGUGGCCGAUGGCGAACUGUGAACCAAACAGUGCUUUGAACUGCUCGGAAGCCUUGUCCAUGUUCCAGCUUCAAGGACAAGAACCGAUUUCAACAGGUAUUAUCACGAAAGAACAUUUUUUCCUGCUGAAAUGCUUCGGAUGUUCGGGGUACUUGUCCGAAUCGCCUGUUUACAGUGCGAAAGAUGGGAGCUGCAAUAAAUGCCACAAGUGCUACGGGAAGAAUGCCAAUGAUAGCAAUUCAUAUUUUCGAAAUCUUCUGUAUGAGACCUUUGCGGAGAAGCUGGUCUUUCCAUGCCACCGAUCCAGCGAAUGCACAGGGACGAUCCGGUGGGGCGAACAGUCAUUGCACGACCAAACAUGCGCAUAUAAAGCUAUUACUUGCCCAUAUCCCGGCUGCGGGGUGUCGAUCGAGAUGUUUCAGAUAUAUUCGCAUUUCCAAGGUGCGCAUACUGUUAGCAUAGCAAACCCAGUGACUAUCAGGAUAUUGGCCAACAAUUGGGAUCUAAUCGCAUUCCGACAUGGAGGGCGCCUUUAUCUAAUCCACUAUAAAACGCGGGAUGGCAUGUUGUGGCUGGACGUGCUGGCGGUGACCAAAUGUCCAUAUCCAUGCCUGUUUUCAGUGAUCGUCACAGACGGGACGCGCUACUAUGCAGGGGCCGAACCUUGCGUCGCAUAUUUUACGCGAAAUCUAUUUGACAUGGCCGCUAUGAAGCUCAAGUUGCCUCUGCACUCCCUAUUCCCUUACAGAAAUGACUCGAGCACCUUUGAUAUUAGUGUUCAAGUACACUCGCCUUGCGCCCAACUGCAUGUACAUACGUGUUCUCUUUGCGGGAUGGCCAGCGAAUGGGAUUUUCGGCUCUGUGGCGCUGAAAUCAUCUGUUUUUCAUGCCACCAGAAUCAAGUUUUAUGCCCCCAUUGUGGAAUAGAGUUCAUGGACAAGACGAACUACCCCAGCACGGCAUUGCCGUUCUUGACGAUGGCGAAUUGCGUGCGAACUGCUUCUUUUCGCAAAUCCAACGCAGUCAGAGUGCCGCCGCCGUACAGGACUUUGUACAAUCGUGCCGAAGACUACACAGAAAAAGCCACAAGUCACAACACCGCAGUCUAGUUGCGUUGCUGAAUUAACUGACCAGUCAAUAAUGUAUUUGUUGUCCAAUUAAGAAUGUUCGAUAGUAAAUGCAGCGCGAUUGCAAGUUCCUAACAGUUAGUAUGGUAUGUAUAGAAACGUUUUUCGCGCUUUGAACCCGUGGUCCAUGCGGAUUUCUGCCUGACUGCGGUAGACGCAUAGAGAAAGUAAAAUAACUAACAAAGUAAUAAUUUUACUUUCUCUAUGGGUAGACGACGCAAAGGCGAUGAGGCAAUUGGCGAAGUGAUCCCCCGUGCUUUCCGACUAAGACUGGUUCAACCAGGGUUGCCAGGUUCGUGCCAAAAUCGAGUUUCAGUAGAUAAGCUCCAUAUUAUUAAAGCUAUAUUAAAGGCUCCAUAAAAUCGCGCGUUUCUCAAAACUUUUAAACUUACAGGAAUACUAAAAUAAACAUGAGUCAGUAAAGAAGUACAGAUGAAAUGGUACCAUCCGUUCAACUUGGCUAAUGAGUGAGGUAGAAUAUGCAGGUUACAAAUAAAAUUGGAAACACGAAUGUAUCAGCUCUAUAGUUCAAUAUUUGUACUUGGCUCCAAAACUCUUCAAUAUUUCCAGACAUUUUUUUAAUUUCUUCAACAUUUCGCAACAGACGUUAGUCUGUGUCCAGACCUUGUAAUUCACUAUCAUUUAUUAAAUUUGGAAUUAUCAUUGCAACAUCAGAAAUAGAUUGUAGGGAACCUGAUUUCGCUAUUGAAGGAUCCAUAAAACAUAAUUUUAUCAUAUAUAUUUAUCAUAAUAUGGCAGGCUUGAUUCAUUUUAUGUUUGAAAAAGAAUGUUAUAUUAUUUUUUCAAUUUUUGUUUGUUACUUUUCGGUCGAAAUCUGCAUGGUAUCGGUAGAUCGGUAGGUUCCUUGACAAAUCGGUAGACCUGGCAUCUCUGGGUUCAACUACUGGAUCCCCUGUCACGGGAGAUCACCACGCCCACUGCGUCAUCGCCUUUGACAAUGUCAACCGCAGUUGUGGACGAAACGUCAGCCAGAAAUUUCCAUGGACGACGGCUUUGAAGCCCGAAAAAGAUUUGUAAAUGUGAUUUGACUGGCCGUGAGCCUUCACAGUCUGAGUUAGUACAGUACAUUUUAAAAUGUAGCGUUAAGAUUUUGUCUGUAAAAAAUUGUAUGUAUUCAUGGCUUUUGCUAAAUCAUACAGGUUUUUUAAUUGAUUGAUAAAUAAACGGUUUUGUGAGUGAA